AUGCAGACACCAAUUCUUCUUCAGUCUUUGCUUAGGGAGGAGGGUGUUUUCUUCCAUCCUGCGAUGCAGGUAUUACCUAUUCCUUCUAUGGGUGGUGGUCACGGAGUAGUGGCGACAAAGUCACUACCGCCUGGUACACUCCUAGCAAAGAUUCCACGAAGGUCUAUGAUUACUGCUAGUAAGGCUCGUCAUUAUUUGGCUUCCUGUGAAUAUAAAUAUCGACAAUUUGAGUUGGGUGGUACGCAUAAAGGUGAUGCUAAUACGACUUGUAUUUUGGAAAAAAUAGAACGAGAGUUGGAAUGGAAAUUGUCUCCAACAAAUACAAUUAUUUGUUUUCUUCUUCUUGCAGCAACAGAACAGAAUCGUUUUACCGUUUCAUCCUUUCAAGGAACUAAUAAUACUGAUACUACUAUAAAAAAAGACGAAAAUACUCACUCACUGUGGAAUCACAAAUGGAUGAAACCAUGGUUAUUAUCACUUCCAUCAAAGUAUGAUAACCUCCUUGAACUUUAUCCGGAAGUUAAUGAAUUAAAGUGUAUUGAAGAAAAUGAUAUUGUGAAAUCGAGUGAAUCUGUUGUGACAGAUAAUUAUCUUCGUCCUUUCCUUCUUUUUGAACAACAUCGUAAGAAAGUAAUAUUGGAACAGGAAAGGGUAAAAUCCGAGUUUCAAAUUUGUCAAUCAGUUCUUUCUGUAUUGAAUGCUUUGCCAUUUAAUUCUGAUGAUGAUUCAAAAUUGCGAAUUCCAGCAAAACUUGAAGAAUUUCUUUGGGCUUACAAUACUCUUAUGAGUCGGGGUUUUGCAUAUGAUCCUGAAGUAUGGGCUCUUAUGCCAUGGGUUGACUACUUUAACUAUGCACUAACAAGUAAUGCUACUAUGAAGUUUAGUGAAAGGCAACAAGCCUAUAUUUUUGAGACACUCCUUCCUAUUGCGAGCGGUGAACAAAUAUUUCUUCACUAUGGUUCUUACACAGAUAUGGAAUUACUCUUGUGGUAUGGAUUCAUACUUACACCGUCACUAUUACCUGAACUUUCAACAAGUAAUAGUCAAGAAGAGAGGAAUCAAAUAUUAAGAAUGGUUUUAUUUGAUGACAAAAAUAUAAUGAAUAUUACCAAUACAUCUUAUAUGCAACGUGAUGAUAUAUGGUUAAAAUCAGUACACACUGCUUUAGGGUAUUGUUUCUCACCUUGGGCAGAAGCAGACGGAUCGUAUCCACAAUCUAAACCACAUGAGUCCUGGUUUGAACUCCUUUUGGGAUCAUAUCUUUUGAAGAAGAAAAAUUCAAAAAAUUUAGAAGAGAACCAUUAUUCUAAUUUUUCUGUGGUAUCGGAAGCAGAAUUAGAAAAACUUGUGAAUACGCUAAUUGAUAUCUUUUUGGUUUCUAAGAAGCAAGAAAUAUCACCACAAUUGGCUGCUCAACGUUGUUGUCUAGGAGCGCGAGGACCUUCCUCAUCGAUGCUGCGAUUCUUAAAGAAUGUAAGUAGUCUAUGUAGCCGUCAAGACAUCUAUACACCAUUAUCCCCUUCUGGUAUUCUACGAGCUAUUUGUUUCGCAGAGCUGUUUUGUAAUGACAUUGAUUUAGUCACAGGAGUAGCAGUUUCCUUAUCGAACAAUACAACAGAUGUUUCUCCUCUUGCCUCUGUGAAGACUAUGGCACAACAGUCCUCAAUUGAUGCUGCUUCUCUUCUUCAUUUCCUAGCAUUUGAUGCAUCAGAGGAGGAAUUAGAUUUCUACCUGUCAAGAGAAAUGGACUAA